AUGCUAUCAGAGAAACGCCGCGCCACGCUGGAAUCCAUGUACGCUUUGGUGGGGACCCACAGUGCGGUGAAACUUUGCCGUUGGCAGAAGUCCAUGAUGCGUGGUAGGGGUGGGUGUUACAAGUGGACUAUGUACGGUAUUCAAUCCCAUCAGUGUAUGGAAGCCACGCCAAGCAUGGCAUGUGCAAACAAAUGCGUCUUUUGUUGGCGCUUAAAUACCAAUCCCACGGCAACGGAGUGGAAGUGGCAGGUGGAUGACCCACAAACCAUCGUUGAUGGCAUGCUGUCAAGUCAUAAAGCGUUGAUUCAAGGUGUACGGGGCAUGCCGGGUGUUACAGAGAAGGGAUUAGAGGAGGCUAUGAACCCCAAGCACUGUGCGCUUUCUCUCGUCGGUGAGAGUGUCUUGUAUCCAUAUGUGAAUGCAUUUCUUCACCUCCUCCAUGAAAAGGGAAUGUCUACAUUUCUUGUUAACAAUGGUCAAUUCCCUGAUGCUUUGAAGGAGUUAACGCCUGUCACGCAGUUAUAUCUUAGCGUAGAUGCCCCUAAUAGGGAAACAAUGAAACUCUUGGAUCGGCCAGUGUUUUCUGAUUACUGGGAGCGCUUUCAGCAUAGUAUAGCCCACAUGAGUCAGAGAAAAGAAAGGACCGUCUUUCGCUUAACGAUGAUCAGUGGGUUUAAUAUGAGCGAGGAAAAUCUAUUAGAGUACAAAGCUGUGUUUGAAACUGGUCGACCAAACUUUGUUGAGCUUAAGCGUCUAACGCCGGCAUUUUCAGGAAACCGCCAAGGUCUUCUUCGGAUUAAAAAUGUCCCAUCAUGGGAGCAGCUAAAGGCGUAUGGGAAUCGCUUGUGUGAAGUUAUUUUUGACGGGAAGGCGUAUGAGGUAGCCUCGCUGCACGAACAUUCUGGUUGCAUUCUGUUGGCGGAAAAAAAGUUUAAAAUUGAUGGCGUUUGGCACACCUGGAUCGACUUUGAAAAGUUUAACGCCAUGAUUCUUGACCCUGUCCUUUCGAAGCAGAUUACGGCGGACGCCUACUUGCGUCCCACACCACUCUGGGCAUUGCCAGAGUCGGCAGCGGAGGGGUUUGAUCCCUCGCAGACGCGGCACGUCACAGCAAGGCGUCUAAAGCACAUAGCUGCGGUGAAGAAUGCAAAUGACUAA